CAAAGAUUUAAAUGUGAUGUCCAAGAAAACGAAUCGACAAAAUUUACAGCAGCUUCUGCAAACUGAUCGCUUACCACUCAGCAUCUGUGCAAAAGCAGAGAAAAGUGAACGUCUGAACGCAUGCACAACGCCGCUCACGCUCACAUCGUGACAACACCAGCACAGUCUGUGGAUCUGCGCGUCUCUCUCUCCUGAUUGUGUAAUAUAGAUUUUUUUUCAUCCUCUCUUUCUGCAAAGCGACCAAACCCGCAUCCGUGAGCGCAAAGGAGAGAACGGAGCAGAAGAAGAGGAGGAGGAGGAGAAGAUCAGAGGAGGGGGGGCUUUGCAACGUUCAUCCGAGCUCAUUUUUUUUUUCUUCCCAAUACAUGGCGCAAGGGCUACUACACAAACGGGACUGUCCUGGGUGUGAUCCUGCCACGGUGAAUUUGGAUACCCGAACAAAAUCAGCGGCGGCAUCAGCACCAUCCUCCUCCUCCUCCAUCAGCAUCCCCGGCUGCGGCGGCGCCCACACCGAUUCCUCGUCCUCCUCCUUCAUCUGCCGGCUCUAUGUCGAGUGAUGGUCGGCUUGCCUUGCUGGAUGCUCCCCGCUCUCUCCGGAUCGUCGACCACCGAGCCUCCUCUGACCGCAGAUCCACAUUUUCGGCGGAAACCUGCCCAGAGCUAUAAGGCUCCAUAUGGAAACUGGAGAUCAAAAUUUUAGAAAAAAGGAAAAUCUAAGCUGUUAAUUUUUCCCCUCCCAUCCUUAUUAUUUCUCGUAUUUUAUGUGACAUUUGUCUGUCUGGCCUUCUAAUGAAUUAGUUUAUUGGUUGAGCCUUGAUUUCCUCAUUCCAUCGUGCUGAUUUGUGAGAUUUUCCUGUUACAAAACACCCAGGGAAGAGACUUGAAUCGACUCAUCUAUUCUUUUAAAAUAAGAGAAAUGCCUUCCGUCAUUCGUUUAUGACCCUUAACCGACUUACAAAACUCUAGAAUAUUAUUAUUAAUACUCAUUAUUGCCUACUAAUACCCCCCUUACACGAGCUUUGAAUCUAGCCCUGGAUUCUGACAGUAAAUGCAGCGUUUUAGCCUUUGACUAAAGUAAAAUUGAACUGUUGUACUGUAAGUCUGCCAUUACCUUCAUCUUCUCUCUGCUUUAUCUGAGCUCAUGUAAAUUCAGCUCUAGCUUUUGAUAAACAGGUUGUUUUCUUUAUUCUGGGUCUGUAGAGAGAAAACCAUCUUUAUAGUUUCUCUAUUUUUGAUUCCACCUCUUUAGGCUUUAACUCAUCCCUUAUAGCUCACUGUUUUUAUCCACAUUUCUCGUGGAAAGCGGCUGUAGCCUGAGCUACCUCUGCAGCUACAGGCCAUCGUCUGUAUUUGUUUUAGUGGAAAAGUGAACGCUACCAAAGAGGAGAUACAUCCCGUCUCUUCCUCUCCCCCAUAAACCUUCCAAGUAAUAGAAUAUUUUCUCUCUUGUUGAGGUCCUCACCCAAACGCAACCAUAAGGUUCCUACCGCAUCCUCCUCCUCCUUCCUCCCUCUCCUUCCGCUCGAGUCUAGCCCGUUUUUUCGGUUUGGUUUGGUCCCGAAAUUUUUCAAAUAUUUACUUCCUGUACAUCAAGAGGAAAGGGGGUCCCCCUUUCAUGGAAUGCGGAAACAUGGGUCUGUUCGACCGCGGAGUCCAGAUGCUGCUGACCACGGUGGGCGCCUUCGCGGCCUUCAGCCUCAUGACCAUCGCGGUCGGCACGGACUACUGGCUGUACUCCCGCGGGGUCUGCAAGACCAAAUCCAUGAGCGAGAACGAGACCAGCAAGAAGAACGAGGAGGUGAUGACCCAUUCGGGCCUGUGGAGGACGUGCUGCUUGGAAGGGAACUUUAAAGGGAUGUGUAAACAAAUAGACCACUUUCCGGAGGAAACUGAUUACGAAGCAGACCCAUCUGAGUACUUCUUACGUGCGGUGCGAGCCUCCAGCAUCUUCCCCAUCCUCAGUGUCAUCUUACUCUUCAUGGGAGGCCUGUGUAUAGCUGCCAGUGAGUUCUACAAGUCACGCCACAACAUCAUCCUCAGUGCAGGGAUCUUCUUUGUGUCUGCAGGUGAGUCAAACAUACGGAUUGACGGCGCAGGUUGA